UGUACAUUUCAACAUUGUUCAUCACAUUCCCCAGUUUUAAACUAAAGCUCAAAACUUUGCCAUAGUUUACACUCUACAGUUGCAAGUUUGCAACUUGGAAGUCAACUCUCUCUUUCAUACAUACAAACAAAGACAGAGUGAUGAAGGCAUUAAGUUGGUGGUUGAUUUUGCUGGGUUUGCUGAGAUUAGCAUCUGUUUGGUUCGGUUUCUUUGAUAUUUGGGCUCUUCGUCGUGCUGUUUUUGCACAAACUGACAUGACUGAAGUUCAUGGGAGGACCUUUGGAGUCUGGACUCUACUGACUUGUACGCUCUGUUUCCUUUGUGCUUUUAAUCUUGAUGAUAAGCCAAUCUACUUGGCAACAUUUUUAUCAUUCGUCUAUGCUCUUGGUCACUUUCUGACUGAAUAUCUAGUAUAUGGCACCAUGACGAUAGCAAAUUUGUCAACUGUUGGCUUCUUCGCAGGUACAUCCAUCAUAUGGAUGGGAUUGCACUGGAAUGCUCACCAGAAGACGUCCUUGAAGCAGCUGUAACCUGAUACAAGAUUCGAGUUACUGUUUUUUAGAGCUUGGAAACAUUUAUUCGUCUAGAUCAUUUCUUUUCAUGACUUGUUCCGGAGCAUUAGCUUAUGUGAUUUACAGCCACCAGUCAUAACUUCACUUAAGUUUGCAUCUUCAGCUUGAAGCAUCCAGUCUAGAUUAUGAGAAGACUCGGCAUUGACAGAACAAGUGGCUGCACAUUUAGUGCAAAUUUUGUUGUCUUACUCAACGGUCUCAGUCUCUCAGUUUGCGCUCGAGGUUAAAAGCCUUGUUCACUUCUCACUGAAAUAUGCAUUGGUAGCACAUUGCUCAUCUACAAUGCUGUCCUUUUUCUGAACCUCGUAACUAGAUUGGUGUUUGAGAUCCAUAAUUAUGUAUUCUGAUCUUGCUUCUAGUUGCAUUAACAUUUGUCAAACUGUACUGUGCAUUUUCAGUGACAAAGAUCGAGUAUAUGUUCCCCCCUAAUUGUUCUGA